UCGUCGUAGGGGUCGGUCCACUAUCUAGUCAAAUAUUUUAUUUAAAAAAAAAGAAAAUAAUUAUGAAAGUGUUCAUCGUUCUGGCGGCAGUCGCCGCUCUUGCGAGUGCACAGUCGUCGUUCAAGUGCCCCGCCAAGGACGGCCAGUACGAGGAUGAGAGACAGUGCGACAAGUUCUAUGAGUGUAGAGACGGCAUCGCCACCACCAAGCUUUGUCCCGACGGCCUGGUGUUCGACCCCACCAUCCGCAAGAUUAACAAGUGCGACCAGCCCUUCAACGUAGACUGCGGUGACAGGACUGAGCUGCAACAAGCCAAGUCCAACCACAACUGCCCGCGCCGCAACGGCUUCUUCGCCCACCCCGACCCGACAGUCUGCGACAAGUUCUACAACUGUAUCGAGGGAGAGUUCAUCGAGGUGCCCUGCACCGCUGGUCUCCACUUCGACGAGUACUCCGGCACCUGCGUCUGGCCCGACUCCGCCGCACGAACCGGAUGCUCCGCCGUAAACAAGAAGACCAAAGAAGGUUUCGAGUGCCCCAAGGAGCCGCCAGUCGACAAUCAAGGUCAAGCCGUCGCCCACCCCAAGUACCCCCACCCCACUGACUGCCAGCGGUUCUUCGUGUGCCUGAACGGCGUUGAGCCCAGAGACCUCGGCUGCCAGGUCGGAGAGGUUUACAACGAGGAGAGCCAACGGUGCGACGCCCCUGAGAACGUCCGCGGAUGCGAGGACUGGUACAAGGACGCCGAGGAGACCGCCCAGCCCACCAAGGCGAGAUCCUGAGCUAGUGAUAGUUUAAGUUACUCUAAGACUUGAUAAGUUAAUUAUAUUAUAAGAAAACAA